GAGUUUCGCGGCGGGCAACGACGAGGACACACGUCGUCUUCAUAUCGUCGGUUUAUAUUACCUUUGGCAAGUUGGCUCAGAAAUCAGAAUACGGAACGUGCCAGAGCCCAAGCGGCAAUUGGUGCAAUCAUCUUGUUGAGCGUAAACAAACGAGUACAACAUGAUGGCACGUCGAUUGAAAAUGUUGAUUUGCCUGAGCGUUAUCGUGGCCACAGCAUCUUCUCACGCUUUGCCUACUCAAGAAACGUUAGUGAUAACUAAAUCAGAUGACGGCGCGACAGCGUCAGACGCUCCGACCACAGUGGUGACGACGGAGGAGCCUAAUGCGCCCAUCAAGUUAACGGAAAUGAAGGUUCGGUCCGAAAUCACUAUGCGGUACGCGCAUACUGCAAUUGUGACCCACGUCAACAACCCCGCUAAGCGAUCGCAAGAAGCCACCUUCAGAGUACUGUUGCCAGAGACCGCUUUCAUCAGCGGAUUUGUUAUGAUUUUAGAUGGAAAACCAUAUAAAGCGUACGUGAAAGAGAAAGAAGAAGCUAAAAACAUUUAUAAUCAAGCCGUCUCUCAAGGUUUCGGAGCCGCUCAUGUUGCUGCCAAGGCCCGCGAUUCGAAUAUAUUCACAGUUUCGGUAAACGUGGAACCAAACUCAAAAGCAAUGUUUAAUUUGACGUACGAGGAACUGUUAACCCGCCGCAAUGGUGUAUACAACCACGCCGUGAACUUGCACCCUGGUGCCAUGGUACCUAAGCUGACCGUCACCGUUCACAUCAAGGAGACGCAGAAAAUCACUGUACUGAGAGUGCCGGAGGUUCGCACUGGCAACGAAAUCGAUGCUACCGAGGAAGAUGCUCAAAAUCCGAAUGCAGUAAUUGAGCGAGAUGCUAAGAACCGUGAGGCGACUAUAACGUUCACACCAGAUCUCGAGGAACAGAAGAGAUUAAUACAAAUUUAUAAAGAAAAGUCAAAAGAACACUAUGUGGAUAGAUACCGAUUCGAUGAUCAAAAACAAACACCUCAAGAUGGAGUGUUGGGACAAUUCGUGGUGCAAUAUGAUGUCGACCAUUCCAAAGGCAGCGAUAUCUUGGUAAAUGACGGAUAUUUCGUCCAUUUCUUUGCUCCAACCUCCUUACCACCGUUGAGCAAACACGUUGUGUUCGUGUUGGACAUAUCGGGCUCCAUGAGCGGUCGCAAAAUGGAUCAAUUGAUAGAAGCAAUGCAAACUAUUCUCAGCAACCUAAACAAAGGCGAUGUCUUCAAUAUAGUACACUUUGAAUCCGCUGUCCAGGUCCUUGAUAUAACAUCUGCGUCUGAAUCGACUCAGCCUGUAGAACAAGAAAAUCACUUCUAUCGUGAUACUUCAUUCGAUAUACCGCCAUUGCUACCACCUGUUGAAGCCACGCCAGAGAACAUAGCUAAAGCUAAGUUAUUGGUAUCAAAAUUAACGGCCGGUGGUGGAACAAACAUCGGUACUGCUCUAGAUGUAGCAAUCGCACUCAUUCAAAGGAUCGCGAAAGGCACUAACUCUACUGUUGAUAUUACCACACCGAAAAAGGAAGAAACACAAGUCAAUUCCAACGACACUAAAGUGUUAGAAACUCAAGAAUCUGCCAAGUCUGAAGUAGCUGCGGCUAAGGAAACAAAGAAUGAAGAUGAAGAUGAUGAGAAGGAGCCGAUUAUUAUCUUCUUAACGGACGGAGAGCCGACCGUAGGCGAAGGAAAUCCGUCUCGAAUCAUUCGAGUUGUCGCUGAAAAGAAUUACGGAAAGCGCAAAGCUUCAAUUUUCUCGCUAGCCUUUGGUGAAGAUGCCGACCGAUCUUUCCUACGCAAGUUAUCCCUGAAGAAUGAUGGCUUCAUGAGGCACAUUUACGAAGCGUCCGACGCCUCGCUGCAGUUGAGAGAUUUCUACAGACAGAUUUCUUCCCCGCUUCUUGCUGACGUUAAAUUCGUUUACCCGCCUGAGCAGGUGAAAGAAGGUUCACUCACGAAGCACAAGUUCCGUAGAUUCUACGCAGGCUCUGAGGCCAUUGUCGCCGGUCGCGUCGCAGAAAACAUUGAUGAACUGGAGCCACAUAUAUACGGCAUUUGUGGGGUUGGCUUAGACGACGUCGGCAGAAAGCGUUACGAGAUAACGACUAAGACGCCGGUGUCUCGCGACCGCGACAGUUAUCUACCUCUAGAGCGGCUGUGGGCUUACCUCACCAUCCAGCAGCUACUCGACGAGCGGCACAUCACCGAUCUCAGCGACGACGACGAAAAGAGUCCUGCCAAGAAAGCCCUCGCUCUUGCUCUGAAGUAUGAGUUCGUGACCCCGCUGACGUCGCUAGUGGUGGUGAAACCUAACGCUACAAGUGCUGUGAAUGCGGAAUCCGUAGAUAAAGAGGCAGGCUCUCCAUUCAGCCCCUCAUUACCGGGGUUCGCUCCAUUACGACCUAGUGCCGUUCAAUCGGGCGCGUUCAGUGGUGUGCCAGCAUACCCCGGAAGCUCAUAUCCGAUAUCGCUCAGUGGUCCUCCUGCACCACCACCAGCACUUUCCGCUGCUUACGAAGAUUUUGAAGAAGAUUAUGGUAAUAUGCUGCCACAAUCAAUUUCUUUGCAGUCAGCCUAUGACAUGAUGCCAACUGGAAUGUUUCAGCUACAAUCAAACAUGAUGCCAACUGGAAUGUUUCAGCUACAAUCAAAGAGGAUGCCAACUGCAACGUUUCAGCUAAAAUCAAGUAUCAUACCUGUCUCUACCACGCCUGCGUCGCUGUCUGCUACAUUAAGCCCUCUAGCAGCAUAUCAUUUGAGCAGUUACCAAUGGGCGGUAUCUUUGUUGAACAACACUUCUGACUGCAUCACACUACAAACCAACGGGACCCAAGUGACCCUUAAGCUUACGAAAGAUUCCGCUGCUCCUAAGGCUGAGGGCGGCGACACCGAAUGCCCAAGUGCAACAGACAACUCGGCAGGCCUGUGCGUGUAUCUGACGCGAUGUGACGCGGCCCAAAGCAUCACCGUCGACGUCUACAGCCGCGCCUACUGCGUAGUCAGCGAUGGUUACGCUGGUGUUUGUUGUCCAAAAAGUGAAGUAGACAAGACGCACUGAUGCAUCCGUAGCACGGGAGAAUCUAAACUUGUUUACAUUGUGAUUACAUAUACAUUAAAUGUUAAGGUUUUCUAGAUAAAAAUAUUUAUGGGUGGCUGUGAGUUUAUAGUGUGUAUAUUAAAAAUUCAAACUCACAAAACACAUUUUGUACAGGUACUAUAAAAAAUACUUGAAUGUAUUAAGUUCUUAGUAAGGCAUUAUAUCAGCACCACAUAUUACAGAUGUUUUGAAAUACAAAACACAAGCGUGCUGACUUAAAAAAUAGCAAUAGUCUCUAAUUUUGUAUGAUCCUGUGAAACAAAUUGUGAC